UUAAGAUAAGACCAUUAUUACGUAUUACAUUACGUAUUACGCUUCCACAAUCAAAGUGAAAUAUAAUAUUACAUAUUAUAAUAUUACAUAUUAUUAAGAUAAGACCAUUAUUACGUAUUACAUUACGUAUUACGCUUCCACAAUCAAAGUGAAAUAUAAUAUUACAUAUUAUUAAGAUAAGACCAUUAUUACGUAUUACAUUACGUAUUACGCUUCCACAAUCAAAGCGAAAUAUAAUUUUACAUUCUUUUUACUUUAUGCCUGUUGGUAUUCCAAAAGUUCCUUUUCAAGUUCCGGGAGAUAACGAUGCAAGCUGGGUUGACAUAUACAACCGAAUUUAUCGAGAAAGAUUGCUUUUUUUGGGCAAAGAGCUUGAUAUCCAGACCUCGAAUCAACUUGCGGGUAUUAUGAUCUAUCUCAGUAUAGAGAGUAAUAGCCGAGACCUGUUUUUUUUUAUAAACUCUCCUGGCGGAGGGAUAGUAUCUGGAUUAUCUCUUUUUGAUACUAUGCAAGCAGUGGAACCAGAUGUGCAUACACUAGCCAUGGGAUUGACCGCUUCAAUCGCAGCUUUUCUCUUGGUCGGAGGAGAAAUUACCAAACGCAGAGCAUUCCCUCACGCUCGGGUAAUGAUCCAUCAACCUAUUAGUAUGCUUAAGGAUGAUGGCUUCAAAGACUGGGUCAUGGAAACAGACGAAGUAAUGAAAAUGCAAGAAGACAUCAUAGAGGCUUAUGUACAAAGAACGGGCCAGCCCCGAUGGGUUAUAAACAAAGACAUGGAAAGAGAUAAUUUUAUGUCAGCAAAAGAAGCCAAAGAUCAUGGAAUUGUGGAUCAUAUAGUGCGUACAGAAUCGAGACCUAUAGUGAAUGAAAAACCUAUAGUGAAUGAAAAACCUAUAGUGAAUGAAAAACCUAUAGUGAAUGAAAAACCUAUAGUGAAUAACAAACCUAUAGUGAAUGAAAAACCUAUAGUGAAUGAAAAACCUAUAGUGAAUGAAAAACCUAUAGUGAAUGAAAAACCUAUAGUGAAUAACAAACCUAUAGUGAAUAACAAACCUAUAGUGAAUAACAAACCUAUAGUGAAUAAAAAAUGGAGACUAGUUAACGACAAUGGCAAUGGAAGACCACCAUUUGACGACAAUGGCAAUGGAAGACCACCAUUUGACGACAAUGGCAAUGGAAGCCAAUUAGAAAUGUCACGAAAGCCCCUGCUCUUCGGGGAUGUCCUCAGCGCCGAGGAAGAUGUACUAGGGUGUAUGUGCGACUUGUUCAGAUCAUGGGCUGAGAAAAAGGAAACAAUUUUUCAGUAUCAACGAUCAGUACCAGUGAAUAGAAUGGGGUUCUUCCGUUCACUAUCUAAAAAAGAUAGAUCUACCAUAUCCUUCUAUUGUGUAUGA